AUGCCGCACUGCAUCACCAGCAUCCAGCGGGCCAGACGAGACCACUCAAAGGGCCGUGGCACCCUCGAUGGCUCCUUAGCGCCAUCAUAUGGGAGGUAA